AUGGAAUGCUUCAAGAUCGAAGUCGUCAUCUUCUGGCUCUUCUGCAUGGGGGUGCCGAUCUUCAUGGCAUACAACGGUGGUGCCACUGCUGGCACCGUGGACACGAUCCAGAAGGCUGGUGGAUGGAGUCGGACAGGGCUGGGUCUUCUUGGCGCGAUGGAUAAGAUUGGAAUGACAUUGUCAGCUGGGGUUUGGGGCUAUGUGCUGCAGAUGGUCCCUGCGAAGCUACUCCUCACGACAGGUCUUCUGGUGAACGCUGUCGCGGUCGCUAUCUUUUCAGUAACCAUGAAUUGCUAUGUGAUGUACACGGCAAAGCUCUUGAUCGGCCUGUCUGAGGGACUUCAAUGGGUGUGGAUGCCGCUUUGGGUCGUUAAGUGCGCUACGGCCGAACAGUUGCCGCUGUGGAUCAAUCUGUCCGGCUGCGUGGCAGCCGGUGUCGGCAGUGGCCUGGGCAUAUUAAUUGCCGGCUUCAGCACAGCACAUAGCCUUCCCUAUGCAAUUCCUUUCCAGAUCGAGGCGUGUUUUUUGUUCCUGCUGCUGGCAGCGAUGAUACUGACGCCCGCCAGUGACCUCGCAGUUAGUAGUGCUGAGAAAGGGACGGCAGUCAAAGACGAGAUCGUUCAUUCAGAGAAGCGCCUGCGUGCUAUGUCUGAGAUUUCCAACUCCAAUGUGCCAGACGGAAACUGCGACAACGUGGAAACCAGCCAGCCUUCUACUCCGCGAGCCCGUCCCGGCAAUUUGUUGAACACCAUCAGAAUCGCAGAGGACGUGCCGUUUCAUGAGCAGCUGACCCUACUUUGGCAGAACACGCUGUUCUGCCGGGCAACUGUCGCGUUUGCCACUUCCAACUACAUCAAUGCAGGUCUUGCUUUCAUUUGGAUUCGCCUUUUCAUCCAACUCUGGACAAUGGAGAAGCAGAUUUCGGUUGUAAGCUUCCUGGCGAUAACCGGUGGAGGCGGUGCUAUUGGAAUAGCGCUCAGCAGCAACAUAGAGCAGGGAAACGACAUUCAUCGCAUCCUCAUCUUCCUGCAGAAAGCGAUGGCAGCUUCAUGCUUGGGUGCGCUGAUGACUGUCGCAGGACUGCUUGUGCAGCUGCUUCAGACGGGGUCUCCUGCUUUGGCAACGUUGGCUCUGACCUGGGGCGGCAUCGUUGUGCUUUGCAUGGGCCUUGCUGCAACAACGGGGCUCAUUCAGAUUGUCUGCAACAACUCUGUGGAGAACGAGAAUGUGCGGAGUUUGGGCGUUGGCAUUGUGCAGGGUGCCAACAACUUCAUUGGCAACUCUCUGGGGCCUUUGCUGCCGCAGAUGGUGAUGGACUUGCUUGCCAGAUGUACAGCUGCCAAUGCGGCUCAGGAGCUUUUCUUCGGUGCUGUGAGCAUCGUCGUCGCGGCAUUCCUCGUUUUCGUGUGUGUAACAUGCGCACUUGCAGAGUGCCAGAGUCGUGUCAAAGAGUCACAAGAGAUCCUGCCCAAAGUGAUGGAGGACCAUGCUGAGCAACCUCUCCUCAGCAUCUGCUGCGUGGACCCAACUGUGAUUGACGACAAAGUUGAGCUCUUGGAUGCAGCUUGUGGAAGAACCGCCGGAGGUAGACAGUUGUACUCGCAAGUUGAUGCCGAAGAUUUAUCAAGGGCAUGGGAGCAUCUUCAUUCCAAAGAAUCGAAGGCAGAAGCGGGCGUUCGGCAUCUUCAAGAUACGGAGCAGGAGUCGAUAAUUCCGGAGGACGGAUGGGAGUUCCCAACUGGCACACGCCUGGAGUUCCAAAGCCCGUUGCAGGAUUUUGUCUUUGGCAGCGGGGCAGCCUCUUCGUUUUUGGUCGCGUUGGCCGGUUAUAGGUACAGCAUGAUCGCAGUUAGCGUGCCUUCCGAGUUUGCUUUUGGCAUUGAUCACCAAGAGGCAACGGGCGAGCUGCAGUAUUUGAGGCUGUCCCUGCAAUCCUACGCAGUUCCCAUGGCAUUCGUGCGGAAUUCGUCGUUCGAGUCCACAUAUGGACCAUCUGCCCUGGCUGACGGGAGGCUGUUGAGAUUGAGUUCGCAAACAGCCGAUGACACGGUCCUGGGAGCAGUGACCAUUUUCCCGCAUUUGACCUUCAUGAAUGGUGGGUACUACAAGGUAUGUUACAGCCCAGAUGGGAGCAUGACAGGCAACGAGCUUCUGAAUACCAUCAUUCCAGUGGAUAUACGAGUCAUAGGAGUCGCAUCAGCAUGCCUGGGAAGUGGGUGUAUCGCAGAAGAGCGCUGGGAUUGCUACGUCUCAUAUUUCGGAGAGGAUACGAGCAAUUGCUUGAUCGACUUCCGUGCUUUUGGGGGUGGCCGGGAGGGUUGGACGGUCGAAGCAGGUUCUUCCAGCAAAUCGUCGUGGACAGCAGCUUGGGAUCGAGACACCUUCCUUUUUGGGAACUUCAUCCCUGCACCCCCGAAGCGCUGCUCUGAUGUGGUGACUGCAGAGUACAUCAUGCCUGAAACAGCUAUCUUUACGGACUUCACCUGGGCACCUCCGACCGGCAUGGGCUUCAUUACCGACGCGUUCACAGCACUGGAGAUGCCCGCAAUCCGCAGAGAAGUUGCCACAGACGGCUACACCAUGUCAGUGUGCUACUGCCCCAGUUAUGAUGGUCCCGUUGAUGCCACGAACGACCCGUGCGACCAUGCCAGCGAGUUCAUCCAGCAAAUUGGCGUGCUGUAUUACUGGCUAUUAAGGGUCUGUGACGUUGGUGGGACUGCAUCCUGUGGUGUUGUGGCAGAGCCCUUCCUGCGUGUGCUGCCGCAGCAGCCCUUUGCCUUGCGCUUGCAGUGCCCUCCGGGUGGCACCUCUUGCUUGGGAAGGUCGGAGAACAGAAUCAAGUUCAUUCCUGGCACCUGUUCCGUCUGCGCGAUGGGUGAAGCAAUCAACAACUUGCCAAUCUGGGAUCAAAACUCGCGCUGCCGUGCUGGGGAUUCGGUCAGCGAGCAGCUGUUCUUCGACCCUCCGCAGUAUGACGAAAAUGGGGUUGAAGUAGAUCGCGCCACAUAUCGUUACGGAGGCGACAGGCGCGACUUCAAAUUCUGGGAUGACCCGAGCCUUCUAGGAAGGUUGCCCAUGAGCGAGCAGGUGCAAGUUUGCUACUGUGACGCAGAAUGUUGGAACUUCUACAAUUACUUCGAAGUGGGUCGAAUCCGAUUUGCGGACGUGGCAGGUGUGGCAAGGUGGUCCAAGCCCUUUGAGCAGUUCCAACUCAUCCAGCCGAUUGAGACAGUGGAAUAUGUUACCAAGCCCGGUGGCCUCACGCUUUUCGGCGGAAUUCGCUCAAACAUAUCAGAAGGCGUGCAUCCUUACGAUAGCUUGGCCUGGCGACGGAAGACCGCGCUGAAACUCCUUGCCUUCGACAAUUCGGCAGUCUACGAACGCCCUGACGGUUCCAUGGUCACAAUGGAAGAGUUUUGGAAUCUAGACCGGGAGCACACCGCAAAGGGCAGAAGGGGAUUGGAUGACUCCUGCGCCAACAACCUCACCGACGAAGCAACGAUCAACGGGCCCAAUUCAGAAGAAAACGCGAAGCAGUUCAUGGCUUGGGUUGGUCCAGAACCCUCGCAGUACUUGCCUUUCACAGGUUUAGAAAAUGAUCAGACCUUCUUCUUUUUGCAAGCCGGUACAUAUGCAGUCUGCUACUGCGCUUUCCUAGACGGCGAGGAUAACUGCGCAGACACGAACGAUUACAUAUGGGCUGCAAAGAUAAUGGUGAAGGGUACCCGAACGGGCCAAGUUGUGCAGCUCCCAACCAAUUUCAUAGUUCGGAUUGACUUGGACGGCUGGGGCUUUACAACACAGGACUCACUUCGGUUGAUUACGAUGACACAGUCCUGUUUUGAGAACGCCAACAAUCCCGGAGGCGUCCUCGAUACGUACCGAUUGCGCUGUCCAGGUGUUGAUGGCCUGUCGUGUCGCUUCCCUCGUGGCGAGGAAAAUAUCCCUGUGUUCCUGGUAUCCUCAGAAAUGACUGGGUUUUACAUUGAGAGUAUUCUUCUGGAAGAAAGCAGGACAAUCUUGGUGUUCAGUGGGGAUGUGACUUCAGAGCUGUUGGAUGGCGAUGCGAUCACGCUAGACGAAGCAACAAUUCUGGUUAACGGCCGUGGGCAAGCUAUGUGGACAGAGCCGGAGCGGUACCUCGUCUCCAAAAUCUCAGGGUACUACAACUUCGCAGACGAACCCGACAAAAGCCGAAUGUUGUGGAAUCGUAUCUCGUUUCUGGAUGCGGCUCCGGGAUCUGGGCAAGUAUACGAGACCAAUAAGCUCAGCAUUCCAGUGGGCUGGCCGGAAGGAGCAGACAAGCCUGUCUUCACUUUCGUGAACGGCAAAGGUGGCUGGCAUCGGCGGAAUCGGCUGCAGACGAACCAGGAGAUCAAGGCAGAAGCGGCGGCGGACUUGAGAAUCUGCUGGGCCGCGUCUGAUGGUGGCUCGCAGGAGUAUUACAGCCAAUCCGGCGUCCUGACCUUUCGCCAUCCUGCCCCCAUGGCGGAUGCGGGCAUAUAUUUCACGAGCUUGGUGAGUGGGGUUGAGGCUCCAGUCAUUAUAUCCUUCUCACCCACCAGAGGCAAGCAGGACUACUUGCGAAACACCGCCAUCGUCCUCCGAAUCCUUCUGAGGGAAAUCCCUAGUGUGAUUCUACCGCUGAAGACCAGUCGAACAGGUUUUGCAGGUGCAGAGAUGGAGGACAAUGAGACGGUGUCGGCUGAAGGCUUGAGUCAGGCUGUUUGCGGGAGCUUGUUUCUUGAAAUGUGGACGAACGAUGAAGCUGGAUUUCCACUGCCGCGUGGGUGCUACUAUGGCCCACUCUACACAGAUGCGCCGCAGGUUGGUGGAAAUGCUGAAGCAUCAUAUCGAGAAUAUUUUAUCGAGUUUGACCCCAAGCAUGCUUUGAAGGAGGAAUGUUCUGGUCCAAAUGGUCAGUCAAGCUGCGUAUACCAACUGGUGCUGAACAUGAGAAUACUGUAUGAUGAGUUUAUACUUGGACGCGAACUUAUCAGCCUCUACACAACCUGUGCGGGCAAAGCUGGGUACGCAACCAUUUGUGGACCACGGUACAGCGUGAUCGAGUAUGGACAGGUCAUUCCAAGGAGUCGGGUCCACCUGCCGACGCCCAACACCACCAAGCUUGGCCGUGCAGAGCUUCUGCCGCUGGAACGGGCAAAUGCCGUGGGUGCUAGAGGUUUGCGACCAGAAGUGCAAGACGCCUGGGAAGAUGUGCUGUCUCUGGAGGCGACAGGGACAGUGACUGGUGAGACUGGCCCCGGGUUGGAAUUCCCGGUGCUGUCCUUGGGCUUUCGUGCUUGGCCGCUGGAGCCAGAAUUUCCGCUGCAGACAAGUGGCCGCUUCCGGCUGAUCUUUCAGCCCUUGACGCUUUGGAGGCUGACGGACUUCUCUGGCCAGCCUUGCAAUGCGACUUGCACGGCUGCUCCAGACUUGAGCUGUGUGGAUGUGCGUGGCCUUCCAGUGGCACCUUGCGAGGUGAGGGCAUUGGUGGAUUCGACCGGCGCGAGCGGUUCGAUGCAGCAGAACGUCAUCGAGUUUGGGUUCCCAAAUGCAAUGGAUGAGAUCCCAGAAGAUCGAUUUGACGAGGCCCACCUGAUUGCUCUGCAUGGGCUUCGCAUUCCCAGGGAAGGAUUCUUUACAAUCUGCAUGCUGGUGCAGUAUUUUGACCUACCAGAUGUGCCACCCUCCAUGGUGGAAGUCAUGCCCUGUGCAAAGAAAGCGCCAACAUCCGGAGCCACUUCUGGAAGAAUUUUAGUGGAAGGCCAGGCUGGCAACGGCCCUAAGCCGUUUGCGUUCAAUAGGGACAAUGAGCUGAUUCUCCGCCUUAUUCUUGGCGCCACGCUACGCAAUCUGCCCAGCAGCGACGUGAAGAUGGACGAGAAUGAAACCGAAGUUCUGGUACCUGCGGAAAUUCAAGUUCAGCUGCCGCCUGGCUAUGAAUGCAAUGUGGUUGGCAAUGGGACAGCAGAUCCUGAUGGCAACAAGAGUUUCUUUACGCAAGACCUGAACAACGAUGGCUAUCCAGACAAUCCCAUGGCAACCGUCCUCAGUGGUACAUGGUCGUCGAGAGGGGCUGUUUGCACAUUUACGUUGCAGGGCACGGCAGCCCUUUUUGCGAAUCAAUUUGUUGAUGUGCGAGUUUCCGUCGUGAAUCCUCGGCUGCCCCUGCGUAAAGACGACCCUUCAAAUGUCUGGAGCAUCAGUCUAAUCGCGCCCGAUGGUGAUAACCUUGGCGGCGCUGCACCGUUUAUUUCACUUGAAGAGGAGAAGUCGCUUCCUGGAUGGGCGGGAAAUCUUGCCGUACUUGGCAGGCUCCAGGGCGAGUCUAUUCAACCAUUGAACCUGAGCGAAGGCGGCAAUAACACCUUAAAUGUUUUUGUCCAAAUGACCCAAGCCAUGCCUGUCAAUUCUUAUCUAGUCCUGGAUUCGCCACCGGGAUAUGACUUCACGGCAGUAUGCACGGUUGGAGACCUGGAGCCAGCCUACUACCAGGACUGGGAAGCCCUUCCCUGGGGCACGGAAACAAUCGGACCUCGCGCCACAACCAGCUCUCUUGGGCAAGAUGUCAACUGCACGACGGAUGACUGGCAGAGGCCAGCAGACAUUCCUCUUGCGACAGCCCCAUUCACACGGGCCUUCCUUCGAAUCGGGCGAACACUGCUGCUGGGAAAGUAUUAUGCUUUUCAAAUAAGUAUUAUAAAUGCUGCGGGCUGGAACAUCACGCAACAUUCCGAAUGGCGACUCUGGCUCCAAAGUCCACAAGGAUAUAUGGUUGAUGGCUCCACGUAUCCCGUGCAGUUCAAUGCAGCCCGUAUUGAUACUCUGCCCAUAUUGCCACACAACCAGGGCUGGGCCGUUUACGAUUCUGGGAUGAAGCUGCCCCUCUCCUUCAAUUUCGGGGCCGCCCGAUUGUUGCCUACGGUUGUUUUCGAAAUGAGCGCCUUUCUCACAGUGUACCCUCUGACGCCGUCGACUGAUGGACAGCCAAUGCACGUUCGCGUGCUAGCUCCUGUGGGGUAUGUCUGGAUCCCACAUGCAGAGCACGGAUGGCUUGGCUAUGUUCCGAACGUUACCUGCCGCUUCUGCAAUCUUUACGUCACACCAGAGGUGAGGUUUGAGAACGAGCUCCUGUUGCCGGAGCUGAUCAUGCGACUCAACCAAAACUUCGGCUUCGUGGUGCGCCUGAAGGUGCCAAUGAGGCCUCCAACGAGGUCCACGAACGCCUUCUUCUUGGAGAUGGGCUACAACCCUGGAGACUUCAACCUGGACCGCAUGCAGGCAGGCGCCUUUCCUGCACCGCCCCUGCGAGUGGUCCACGACGUGAGCGUUGCAUCUUUGUGCAAUGUGGCGGGCUUCGCGGAAAAUGUCCUUGACUUCAGCCUCCGGACUGCUUCACCACUUGUGGAGAACGAUGGCUUCAUCUUUGCAGGUGAUGAACUUACCCGCGGGGCUGCCCUUCGUUGCUGGCCGGAGGUCUUGCCAGGGAUGCUCGGCAUUACUCCCGAGAAUGGACACUGUUUGAUUUUUGAGCAUGAGACCAGCCUACUGCCCAUGAUCAAGCUCUGGCUGAAAGAGGGGCAGCUUCCAGCGGGAGAAUAUGGUUUUCGGUUCAGGCUCUCGCGCAACCCUGCACAUCCUGCGACGAAGAUGGCUUACUGGAAUUUGGCAACAUUCAGUGCAUUGGACAUCUACCCGAAACACCAGGUUCUGGACGUUGGGAAAGAUACGCCGAGCUCGCAAACCUUGGGACUUUUGCCUGAGGCAGGACUUCUACAGCCUCCCGACUAUGACGCACCUUCGUUCGGGCGCAACGAUCAGCCCUUGACCGUGAACACGCUCACCUUCUUUUUCUGCAUAGACAAAGCUCCGCAGUAUGCCGUCAGUGUCGAGACUUUUCCACUGGCCCUGCGGGGGCCUUCGGGUUUUAACUUUCUAGAGGACUGCUCCGGUGGCCUAAGAGGUCUCUCGAGCCAGGGCGAAAAUACCAGGUUCCCUUGUGGGACAGAAACUUUCGCUUCGCAACCUUGGUGCCCAGCACAGUUGUCUGCUUGGCCAGAGCACCUCCACCCGGUAGCAUGCCUUGGGUUGCAGCACACUGCACGCAUCUCGAUUCCAAACAGCUUGUAUGUGUCUGAGUUGCUGCCCGAGACCCAGAUCUCCGGGUUUCGAGAUGGAGCAUGUUAUGGCUUUGAGAUCCAAGCUCUCAAUCCAGAGCUUCCUCCCAAAGAUAAUUCGUGGGCCAUGGACUUCGGCGUGGAGGCAUCAAAGCCUUUCCAGUCGGUGCAGAUACGGACAUUUGUGCCGGGUGUGACCCACCUGCAGCUGGCCACCGGGGUGGCUUCACACACGUGGUGGACUGCUGUGCCGGAUCAAUUUCUGUCCUUUCGGAUCGAUUUCAUGCCGUACACCACAGUUCCGGCGCCAAGAAUGCGACAACGCAGGCUUCAGAGUGGCAGCGAUCCUUUGUUGCCAGAUGCGGAGGAUGGCAGUGUUAUGGUCUUCGCGUCUGCGGGAUUCGAGUUUGCCAAGCUGGACUUUGACGUUUGUGCCAAUCCAUCUCUGCAGGUGAAGGGGCGAGAUCCAUGGAACCUUGACGCGCUGUACACCGCACUGGAUGCACUGUGUCGCGUUGGGGAUGAAGCCGGAGUGCCAUCAGUGGAGGGAGGUGGAGACGCCCCCGUAUCGAUGAUCUUUGUCCUCAUCGGUCGCAAAGCCAUUGUCGAGGGAGUGGCAUAUACGUUGGAGGGCCGGGUGCGAAAUCCAUCAGUCCCAACAUGGCCUGGCUCUGCGCAGUGGCGCAUUGAAACCCGCAAACGCUUCAUCGCGACGGGUCAGCGGGUUGCAUUGGACAAGCUCUAUCUCGAGAGUAUCCCGAUAUUGAAGCCUGUGCAAUCGUUUCAGGUGGUGAAUAGCGCGCUGGAAUAUGAAGCCAGUACAAUCGUCUUUGGGGUUGGAAUCUCAACCAUGUUUGCAGAUUCUCUCCAACUGGGCGAUGCCAUAGAGAUCAGUGCUCCACCGGGCGUGGAAUUGCGAGAGUCUUUGGGCAACUCCAGUCACCCAAACGCCAGUCGGGGGAGAUGUUUGGACUUCAGGUGGCCCAGUACAUUCAGACCUUUGAGAGAGGAUGUGGAGCCUGAAUGCCGAUGCAGCCAGGGGGACGAGCUCCAGUGCUUCUUGAUUGUCAACGUUUCUCACGUGGGAGCCGACCCUGUGCUUGAGCAUGAGACCGAAAUGAGCUUCACCAUAUCCGUGAUCAACUCCGCCACAACACGAGAUCCAGUGAGGGGCUGGUGGAAGAUGGCCCACUGGGCACCCGACAACAGGCUUCUCUCGGCUGGCUCUGUGCCCAGUUGGCCGGUGUAUGGCCAGCUCAACAACUUGACGGCCGUCAUCUCAGGCUGGAGGAAGCGUGCUGGAUCCCAGAGCGACAUCACCAUCACUUUCAUUCCUACAAUCUGGGGCAGCACGAUGGAAAUCAAUAUCCACACUCCGCAGGGCUUCAACUUUGAGUUUGUCAGGCCGGGAGCACCACUUCUCCGAGAUGAGCGAACGCAGGGCAGCCGCGUGAUAUUGAACAACGGGGACUUCCGCCCGAACGAGAAGGCUGAGGUCUUCUUGGGCGAGGCCCUUCUUGGUCUCGGAGGUGGACCAACUCGGAUCAGUUUGGCCUUGUACACAGAUGCCAUGAUGAGCACAGAAGUUGCAAGGAGAGUCAACUUCUUCCAGGGUUUCGUGCAGCCUGCAAGUGUGUCACUACAUUCGCAGCUGCUGCUCAGCGAAACAGUGGUUCGCCACUACACAGGUGAGAUCCAUGACUCUGUGACGCCUCUUCUUCCGCCAUUUGCGCUUCAACUGUCACGCAUCGAGUUCUUCUUCGUACUUUCGCACUAUGUUAUGGCGGGCGAUGUGCUUGUGAUCCGAAGCGUGGUGCCGUACGGCGUAGUCGCCCAUGAGCCCAUGAACGAGGAGGGUUAUGAACCACGGAUGGAUCUCUGCAACGGUCCCGAUACAGGCGCAGACAGCAUGGGCAAUUGGAAUUGCAGCGACAUUGUCAGCAUGAACUACUCUCAGAUGUCGCUUAUUCGGGACAACUUUAACAUCCCAAUUGGUCUCAGAAUGACCCUGCUACCUGUGAGUUCACGCUACAUUCUGGACCGGUCGGCAGUGGAGGAGAUAUCAUACCUCACGGAUGGCAAGCGGAACCUGGCGCUCGAGGCAAACAGAAACUACCGCAUGCGGAUUUGGCUCCUUCCGUCCAUGUCGCCGACACAGUGGUUCAUUUCGACUGAGGACACCUCUGGGUUCGUAACCAGCUCAAACGAUGGAGAGACAGCAGCUGUCAGAGCAGUACCCGAAAUGGCCGUCACUUUGACGCCCGAAGUGGAGCGCAAUCCUCCCCUAUCUGCCGUCUACAUCACCAUUACCGUCAAGGCUGGAGUGGGACAAUUGCCUUUCCAACGGCUUUUGGUCAUCCUCCCUUAUGGCUUUGUGCCGUUGGGGGCCAUAGCUCCGACGAAUGCACGUGCACUGGUGGAGCUGGAUCUGCGCCAGAUUACCGACCCGCUUUCGGAUGAGAUGUCGUAUCGGUUUCGGGUGACAACCCCACGCAGAACCAAUCUCGAUCCUCGGUGGUUUGUUUUGGCCCGCAGCCUGGAAGUUGACGAAAUUACAGGGCAGCAAUCUGACCAGAUUGUCGGCUGGGGCUCCGUGCCUGGCUUUGGUGUGGCAGGCUGCUUUGUGGAAGCCAGGUAUGGUGCCCUGCCGCGGUACACCGGCUGGAUGUCCUUGACAUGGAAGGCUCCAAGCAUCGCCGGUGCCAGAUAUGCUUUAUUCACUGCACCAGCUGACUUUCGUGUCAACUGCCCGCCGCUGACCCAGGCGGCGCAGCCAUGUGAGCCCUUCCAGCUGGCAGAGGCAAUGCCGCCCAACUUACGCGAGCUGCCAGUCGCACGCACAUUGAAUUUGACAAUGGAGAGUGGAGCACCAGAGGGGCAAGACCUGGUGUUCUUCAUGAUGUUGCUCAUCGAAACGCCCCUGGUGCUUGGCAGCCUCGCUCCCUGGGAGCUCCGACUUCUGGACGAGGUCUUUGUGGUUGUUGAUGCGGCCCUGGAGAUCCCGUCGCUCAUGUUCGCGCCAGACCUCCAAGCUGAGAAUCCAACCCUCACCUGGCUGACAACUCCGCAGUACGGCGAGGCAGCCACUGCGGCCAUACAGGUGGUCAUAACCCGUCGGAUUCGGACGCUCCGGAUGCUAGUUUUCUUGUUGCCCGAGGGCUAUCGCCAUGACAUCCAGCACAAGAACCAGUUUGCCAAUAUCAACAAGAACUUUCCAGUGGCGAUCGAGAGGGAGUGGCGGGAUUGGAGCAACUUUCGCUGGGUUCGAAUCUACAUCGAGCCUACAACCGUUGCCUCGGGAACAUUUCAGUGGAAUUUUCCAGUGGUCGUCUCAACUUCGGCACCGAUCAAUACCGAGUGGUAUGUGCUUCUCUGCGGUGACUAUGACUGCCAGACCUUCAGCGAUCCUUCAGUGAUGGCAAUGUUUCCCGUGCCGGACUUCCAACCCAAGAUACCAGCCAGAUCGCCUGCAACAUGGAUCACGACUUCACAAGCUCCGCCGAUGGGAAAGUUGAAUAUGGUGGCCCUGCUUUGUGGCGGCGCGCUGGUAGUGAUGCUCCGGUAA